CACAGCGUCCCCUCAACCGCCCACACUGCCCCGCACCUCCGCGGCCUCCUAGCUGGCUACGGCGGGCCUCUCCCCAUCCCUCCGCCAAUCGGCAGACUGCGGCCGGCGCCCUCGCCGCCGCCGUCGACCACCGCCUACCGGUUAAACCGCAAACGGCGGCGACCUUGCCGUAGCCCCGGCUCGCCGCACCGCCAUAUUCCGCCCCACGCCGCCCCUCCGCGCCCGCUUCAACUUCCGCCGCCCAACCCGCCACCAUGCCCAAUUGCAUUUUCCGGCUUCGAUUACUCGGGUUUGUGGCUGCAUUGGAAUAUGCGCAAGGCUAGAAGACCAGAGCUGCGAGCUCCAAUGAAGAGGGCGUCUACGUUGUGGCAACCAUAUGCAGAGAUGACAGAGACGGAAAUGCCCAAAAUCGUGGAUGCGGUGGACGCGUUUGGGCGAAAUGUGCUUGCCGUAAGAUGAUUCUGGGAUGUUGUUUGCUGGAAGAUGUUUCCUAGGUGGUGUUUUCCAGAAGAGUUGGACUGAUUGUGCUGCGGCUCGGCCACUGAGCAGGUGGCCACGCUGAUGUGGGCAUGUGGGCAUUCUUCAUUGUUCAAUUCACCUUUCUUCAGUGCAUAAGAUUUAUUAUCCUAGUUACUGUUCUCCAUAAGGAAUUGGCCGACUGUAAGCAAUGCCAGCUCUCUGUGUAGUUUAUCUGCAUAGAAGGGUCAGGAAAAUUGCAUUUGAAGGCCAAAGAAAGAUGUUCAGAAUUGGCAGAAGUGCUGUUGAGAAAUGAAAAGGCUUACCACUGGAAUUAUGCCGGUGCUUCAUGGCACAUAUCUCCUGGAAAAUGAUCUACGAGACAUGGAGAAGUCACACAGUGGGAUUAAGCUGGUGCUUAACAUAAGUUUCCAGCGCAUGCUACAUGAAUGGUGUCUCAUUGCCCUGUCUGUCAGACGCUCGUUGUCAUGUGGCUCCCUUAAGAAUAGACACUUUGUAAAGAUGAGAUACCAUACUGUGCAUGCCUCCCUUUCUCUACACAGGUCCAAACUUAUUCUCAAUUCUGUUCUGUAAUCAAUCUUCUAGUAGAUGCGUUCCAUUGGCAAAUUGCAUGGUACGUCCCAUUGCUCUUCAAAUGGCAUAAUCCUAGAUUCUGAGUGAAAUGACCUGUGUCCUAUUUUGUAAGUACAAUUUGCAUAAUAGUCCUACAUUCGCUAUCAUAGCUACUGUUCUUUGUUUGACUUUGUAUACAAGUUCUGUUUCGUGAAUGCAGGAGGUUGGUUUGUUCCUUGUCGACAGAGUGAGGAUCCCAGUAGUUGUCACGAGGCGUGGCACAGGAGGGGAAGCAGUGAUAAUAGGUGGGAGAUCCUUCGCCAUUGCUGAAGUCUGAACAGGUGGUUGGGCUGAUGAGUGGACUGCCUCCCAAGCUCUUAUAUGUUCAGGCUGCACUUCUCAACCUCCUCUGUAUGGCCAUGUCCCUAGGCAUGAAGGGCACAUUUUCAGGAUCACAGUCCACAGCCAUAUCCAGCUGCUGCUCAUGUUUAAUAAUAUGGUUGACUGGAGUCAAUGAGGGUACCAGUGCAGUUAAUCUGAACUGAGGGUGAAGGGGGGAGGUGGUUCUUCCUUGGUUAUUUCAUUUUCUGUUACUACUCCCACCGGUCGAGUAAACUUGACGUUUCGGACAAGAAAAACAAGUAGAAAAGAAGCUGUUUUUGCUGUCUAAAACGUCAAGCAAACUUGACUGACGUAGUAUUUUAUUUCCUCUUCUUUCUCUCAUUGUUCUUUUUUUCAUAUUGUUUGCUUUGCCUUGCGAGGCUUGUAAACGGUACCAACAUUUCCUUAGCUUUCUCUAAUACAAUGAACGUCUGGCUUGUACGAAUAACAAAGAGAAGUACAGGCACACAUGCCUAAGAAAGGUGGAUGCCAUCCAUGUGACCAAGGUUGCAGUGGCUCCACGUUGAAGUUGACCCGUUUGAAAAACUCACAUCGGUUCUGAAUUAGAGUCCCCAUGACUAGCCAUCUGAAUUUGACCAGGAACAGCAUGUAGGCCCUGGAAAUUUCCCCUUUUGAAACCAACCUCCUGUUCGAAGCACAACUUUAAUUAACAACAGAUAGACAAGGUUAUGUAGCAAUAUAAAGGUUAGGACACAAAAUGAUGCAUAAAUCAUCUGUUAACAUAAAGACAAAGCACCUCAUUGACUCCAGUCAACCAUGCUAAACAUGACAGCUGGAUAUGGCUAUAAUCCUGAACACCUACCUACCCUUCAUGACUUCAUGCUCAUGGGCACCACUGUAUAGAGCAGAAUUGUGAAGUGCGGCUUGGACUUACCAGAUUUUGAGAAGCAGCCCUCUCAUCAGCCCAACCAACCAUCUGCUCAGACUUCUGCCAUGGCAACCUUCUCCGUAAUCCUUCCAUUCCUAUUAUCACUGCUUCCCCUCCCCUCUGGUGCUGUGCCUCGCGACACUCUAUUGCUGGGAUCCUCGCUCUCCGUCGACAAGGGCCAAGGCGACGUCCUGUACUCGCGGGAUGGCACUUUCACCUGCGGCUUGUACAGCAUCUACACCAACGCCUUCACCUUCUCGAUAUGGUACACCAACUCAGCAAACAAGACUGUCGUCUGGACUGCAAACCGCGACCGCCCUGUGCACGCCAGGGGGGCAGCGGUCACCCUGCGGAAGGGCGGAGCCUUGGUCCUCAUGGACUACGAUGGUGCGGUGGUGUGGCAGGCCCAAGGUGAUGACUCAGUAGGUGUGCAGUAUGCUCAGCUCCUGGACACUGGGAACCUUGUCAUGAAGAACUCCAGCGGCAUUGUUGUGUGGCAGAGCUUCGAUUCACCAACAGACACCCUGCUCCCCACCCAGUGCAUAACUGCAACCACGAAGCUGGUCUCCACCACAGAAUUGCAUGUACCAGGUCACCACAUAUUUCAUUUCACAGACUCGUCAAUAUUGUCCCUUAUAUAUGACGACGCCUAUUUUCAUGAAAUAUAUUGGCCAGACCCUGACAAUGGAGAGUAUCAGAAUAACAGAAAUCGGUAUAACAGCACAAGGUUUGGGGGUCUAGAUGAAAUGGGAAACUUCUUUUCGAGUGAUUUUGCCAACCAGCAAGCACUUGUUGCCUCUGAUCAAGGUCUUGGGAUCAAAAGAAGGCUCACUCUGGAUCCUGAUGGCAAUCUCCGGCUCUACAGCUUGGACAGUUCAGAUGGGACAUGGUCGGUUUCAUGGACUGCAAUGUCUCAGCCCUGCAAUAUUCAUGGCUUGUGUGGUCCAAAUGGGAUCUGCCGCUACUUGCCUGCACCUACAUGCUCUUGCCCACCAGGUUAUGUGAUGAGCAACCCUGGGAAUUGGAGCCAGGGUUGUAGAGCUGUAGUGGACAUUGGCUGUAAUGUUGAGAAAGCACAACCUGUCAAGUUCUUGCGACUUCCAGGCACUGACUUUUGGGGAUCUGAUCAGCAGCAUGUUGACCAGGUAUCCUUGCAGGGUUGCAAGAACAUAUGCAGGAGCGAUUGCAGUUGCAAAGGCUUUCAGUACCAGCAAGGAACAGGAUCAUGCUAUCCAAAGGCUUUCCUUUUCAAUGGGAAGGCAGCCACAGCACCUAAAAAGCCAUUUCGCACCAUGUAUCUCAAGCUCCCCAUGAGUGCUAAUAUUUCAGACAUCUCUAUUCCCCAGAUCGAUUUGCUUGUUUCAAGAGAGUACCAUCCUGAUUGUAGACAGAUGAGCAAAACGCCAAUGACACUAUUUCCUGAUGUUCACGAGGCGAACCAGGGGGAAGUUAAAUGGCUUUACUUCUACGGUUUUGCAGGUGCAAUCUUUGUUCUAGAAGUUUUCUUCAUUGCUUCUGCAUGGUGCUUUGUUUUGAGAUGGGAGCUGGGAGCAUCUGAAAUGCAAGCAGUUGAGGAAGGCUACAAGGUGAUGGCAAGUAAUUUCAGAAGAUACAGUUACAAAGAAUUGGUGAAGGCGACCAGAAAGUUCAAAGAUGAGCUUGGAAGAGGAGGCUCAGGAAUCGUCUACAAGGGAAUCUUGGACGACGGUCGAGCAGUGGCUGUUAAGAUGCUCGAAAAUAUAAGGCACUGUGAGGAGGAGUUUCAAGCAGAGUUGCGCGUAAUUGGGAGGAUUAACCAUAUGAAUCUAGUACGGAUAUGGGGCUUUUGCUCAGACAGCUCCUCCAAGAUGUUGGUCACCGAGUAUAUUGAGAAUGGAUCAUUAGCCAACAUCCUGUUCAAAGACAACAUUUUACUAGAGUGGAAGCAGAGGUUUAAUAUCGCAUUGGGUGUCGCCAAGGGUUUGGCUUACCUCCACCAUGAAUGCCUCGAGUGGGUGAUCCACUGCGACGUGAAACCGGAGAACAUCCUGUUGGACCAGAACCUAGAACCCAAAAUUGCCGACUUUGGCUUGGCAAAGCUUCUCAACAGAGGUGGAUCUAAUCAGAACGUGUCGCGGGUACGAGGAACCGUAGGUUACAUGGCUCCAGAGUGGAUCAGCAGCCUGCAGAUCACGGCAAAAGUGGAUGUCUACAGUUACGGAGUUGUGCUUCUGGAGCUAGUUCUGGGACGGCAGGUUCUGGACCUGGCUGCUGAUGCCGAUGAGGAGGUGCACAAGGUGGUCAGGGAGCUCGUAGGCACUCUUGCUUAGAUUUUGGACGGAGAGCAAUCAUCAUCUAUCAAUGAGGUAGUGGAUCGCAGGCUGAGUGGCCAUUUCGACGACACGCAGGUGAGAACGCUGAUCAGAUUGGCCGUCUCGUGCUUGGACGAAGAAAGAUGCAAAAGGCCAACAAUGGAAUCUGUAGUGCAGACGCUCCUUUUAGCUGAUGAGUCUUGUAGUAUGCGCUAGAGUGAUGUUCUACGCGGUUGAUCACCGACAGGUAGGAUGUGAGAUUGUGAGUUAUCGAGAUCUAAUUUUUCUAGCAUUACUUCACUGUAUGGAUAUAUACAUGUAUGCGAUGUUGACUUUUAUUUUUCUGGUUGGAGCCAUUUGCUUUGUAAUAAGUAUAUCUUGGUGUGUUGUGCGUCACAGAUAUAGAGUCGGAUAUUGAGCUGCUAUUGAGUAUUAACAAUGGACAAAGAAACCUCUUGUACUGCAAUUUCUCCAGCUACAUGCUUUGGAUUUUCUUUUUCCUACUACUACUGAUUGUUGAGGUUCUGCUUUGCAUUGUUCUUCAGACUAUUCGAACUUUUGUCGGAGGUCGCACUGAGGAUCAGGAGUCUCCAUCUUCCCCGACAAGAAUAUUAAUUUUCUCUAAAAUGAACUAAUUAAUUUCCUAGGAUAAGUGGAGUACUAAUUUCUUAUCUUUUAUAGGUUUUUGUGCCUGUGCUGAUUUUUCAGUAUUUUUACUUGAAAAUAAUGUGCCAGUUCUCUUUUAAUUGAACACAUGGGAGACAGACGACAACCUAGAAAAAAUUUACGGAGCACUUCCGGCUUUUGAGAAAUUUCAGGAUUUGACAGUGUUUCGCAUCUCGCAUCGCGUGUCUCCUUUCACUCUGCGACGGCCAAACAGGGCCUCCCAAUCCCGUUCCCAUGUCCGCCACCGCGCUCUUCCUCCCCGCGAAUCCAAACCCGACGCCUAGGCUCCCCUGCUCCUUCCGCCAGACCACGCCGGCUUCCACAUCCGACGAGCUCCACUUUCGGCUCCGCCUCCCCCGCCACGCCCGCGCUCGGACCCGUCUCCCCGCCGCAUUCGGGAGGGGAUCGCCUGCGGCCGGGCGCGGAGAGAAGAAGGACUACUACGCCACGCUGAAUAUCCGGCGCGACGCCUCGCUGCAGGAAGUCAAGGCCGCCUACCGGACCCUCGCCCGCAAGUAUCAUCCUGAUAUGAACAAGAGCCCUGGGGCUGAAGAAAAGUUCAAGGAGAUAAGUGCUGCAUAUGAGAUUCUAUCAGAUGAAGAUAAAAGAUCAUUGUAUGAUCGUUCUGGAGAAGAAGGGCUCUAUGGUGAUUACGUUCAUGGAGAUAUUGGUACACAUGGGAUUGAUCCAUAUGAACUCUUUAAUGCUUUCUUUGGUGGUUCUGACAAGAUUUUUGGAGAUAGCAUGGCCCCUGGGGAAUUUCAUUACAGUGCGGAAGUGAACGACAACAGGGGACUUGAUAUUAGAAUCAAUCCUUGGAGGCAAACAGGAAAUCAAUAUUUUUCGCCAAGAAACGUGUGGCACUUGUCAUGGGACUGGAGCUAAAUCUAGCAAUGGCAUCACAGAAUGCACUCGAUGCAGAGGUCAAGGCAGGUUGAUGAAAACUCAAAGGACACCUUUUGGUAUUGUUUCUCAGAUAUCUUCAUGCUUAAAUUGUGGUGGCAGUGGGAAGAUAAUUACUGAACAUUGCACAGAAUGCCACGGUUCAGGCAAAGCCCAAGUUGAACGCAGUAUCGAAGUAGACAUACCUGGAGGCAUUGCUGAUGGCUCCACCAUUAGAGUUAGAGGAGGAGGUAGUGUUGAUAAGCAAAGGGGUGCGAGUGGCGACCUGUAUAUAUUCAUCCGCGUUAAUGAAAAACAAGGCAUCUAUAGAGAUGGUCUCAAUUUGUACUCGGAUAUCUCAGUUGAUUAUACUGAUGCAAUUCUGGGAACCACAGUGAAGGUUGAAACAGUAGAAGGAUUCAUGGAUCUUCGUAUUCCUUCUGGCACUCAGCCUGGAGAGAACUUAAAAGUUUCUCAAUUAGGAGUUCCGGACAUUAGGAGACCUAAUGUCAGAGGAGAUCACUACUUCAUGAUAAAGGUGAAGAUUCCGAAGAAUAUCAGUGACCGGGAGCGCUCGCUCAUUGAAGGGCUUGCCGCACUAAAAAGAGCGCAGAAUAUUUCAGUUCCAGGUGAAGUUCCAACCUUUCCUCCAUCUGCAAGGAAAAGAUCAUUCUGGAGGUCUAUCAGGAAUUUGUUCAGGGAAGAUAAAGGGGAUCAGAGAUUCGCUUCAAUCAGUGUCCAGCCUAUUAUUCCAGGAUGGACUUCUUGCCGAGGGGCUGAGCCUGCUGUUCCGUUGCUGUUAAAAGGAUUCCUCAUGAUAGCAACAUUCUUAUACGUGAUCAGCAGAACCACUAAACCCAGGUUUAUUCAGAACCGUGAUGAUCGUGCAGCUCAGGCCAAAAUAACAGCAUAACCAGAGUGAAUUUUUGUGGUCCUGAUUUCUGAACAUUAAUGGCAUCGCAGCUUUGGUGGUCAUAAUUUUGCCGCUCAAAGCUGCAGGGAAAAAUAAUAUGUCCACUCAGGUUUAUCUCUUGUUUCUAGUGGCGGCGUCCAGAGCUAAGAGUAAUAGGCUAACAGGAUUGGCAUAGAAUGUGCAGAGUUAUAGACUGCUUCUUACUAGUCAUUUUGUCUUUUUUGAUAGUAACUAGUCAUUUUGUCAUUAUGGCACUAUGUGUCGUCGGGUGAAGAACUUGCGGCACUGACGAAAGCCAGAGGAAAGGAUGCUGAAACAUGAUGGUGGAGUGUGGACAACUGUACACUCUUCCAGCUUGUCUGAAUGUCUGCACAAAUUUAUGUAGGUUGUGAUUGGUUGCUUGGCUUAGCCCAAGCCUGGCUCAGAGUAAGCCAUGGCCAGUCUUAGCCUGGCUGGAGCAAUACGAACCCCCUUUGUUUGGUUGUGGUGUUAAAUUUAGCCUGACUUGUUCCGUGGGUGUUUGGUUGGCAGGUGUGUACCAUGUAUAUUCACCUCUCCUGUCCCAUGGUGAGUUUAACUCACCGUCACCUCAUUUGCUUUUGGCGUUCUCUGGUGAACUGAAGAACUCGAGCUUUGUUUUGAUUAGAUAGCUAAACAGAUAAAGUGACCAGGGAUCGUGGCCUUAGUGGCCGCUAAAAUUCAGGCACGAUCAACAAUCAUGCCAAUUCCUAAACAAUAGGAAACAAACACUGACUAGAUCAUCUUUACAGACCCUGAAGAAACUGAAACUCUGACGAAACUGAAACUCUCUUGAAGCACUCCUGAACUGGUCGGGAGGCAGUGGUGGAGUAGCGUCGAGCAUUCAUCUCCUAUCAGACAUGCUGCUGUCCCUCUCGUCAAAUCUAUUAUUCAGCAAAUGGAUAUCCGCAGACAUGUUGCUGAUUUUGCCUGGGUUUGCUGUACAGCUUGAAGAGGGGGAGCUGGACUAUGUCCGCAGCCAGGAGUACAAGUACUGCAUGCACAAAUCAUCCCUUGGAGAAAGCUUGGAUGGCGUUAAGGGGUCCUUCAGCUAUUCGUGAAGGAAACAAGAAUAAAAUGUGCUGUUAAUAUGUGGCUCUCAUAUGUCCAAGCUGCACUUCUCAGUUCUCUAUACGGUGGUGACCAUGGGCUUGAGGCCGUGAAGGCUAGGAAGGUGUUCAGCCUUAUCCAGCUUUCAACGUCUCCAAGCAUGGGCAAUCGAAAUGUUCAAGGAUGAAAUCCAAAUCGAUUAAAUGUGAAAAUUUUCCUAAAACCCUCCAAGCAUGGGUGUUGUGCAUCCUGAUGAGAAAGCAAACCUCUCGUAUUACAAUUUCCUCAGCCACAUGUAUUACAAUACGCUAGUUUAUAGUUUAUGUCCUAGUACUAUUGAUUGCUGAGGUUGUGCAUGCUGAGGGACAGUUUGAACUUUGUUGGAGGUCACGCUGAGGAUCAGGGAGUCUUCAUCUUCCCAACAAGAAUGUUAAUUUUCUCUAAAAUAACUAAUCAAUAUCCUGGAUAAGUGUUUA